GAGUAUACACCAUCACACAUACCAAAAUGACACGCUUUCGUCCCUGUAUAGACCUGCACGCCGGUCAGGUGAAGCAAAUCGUCGGCGGCACCCUCGACAGCACAACAGCGGAGCUCAAGACCAACUUUGUCUCGACGCACCCGCCGGCGCACUUUGCGCGGCUGUACAAAGACAAUGAGCUCACGGGCGCCCAUGUCAUCAUGCUGGGGCCCGGCAACACCGAGGCCGCGCGGGAGUCGCUAAAGGCGUGGCCCGGCGGGUUGCAGGUUGGGGGAGGCAUCAACGACACGAACGCAAAGGAGUGGGUUGACGCCGGCGCGGAGAAGGUCAUCAUCACGUCGUACCUCUUUCCCGAGGGACGGUUCAGUCAGGAGAGGCUGGAUGCGGUGCUGCAGGCGUUGGAAGGCGACAGGGACAAGCUUGUCAUUGACCUUAGCUGCCGGCGGCGCGGAGAUGACAGGUGGUUUGUGGCCAUGAACAAGUGGCAGACGAUCACAGACAUGGAGGUCAAUCAAGAAUCCAUCAAGCAACUGGAGCCCUAUUGCUCAGAGUUCCUCAUCCACGCAGCAGACAACGAGGGUCUGCAAAAGGGCAUCGACGAGAAGCUGGUGGAGAGACUGGCCGAGUGGUGCAGUCUGCCUGUGACGUACGCCGGCGGCGGCAGGAACCUGGAGGAUCUGGAGAUGGUGAAGAAGCUGAGCAAGGGCAAGGUGGACCUGACAAUUGGUAGCGCGCUGGACUGUUUCGGCGGCAACGGGGUCAAGUUGGAGGAGUGUGUUGAGUGGAAUAAAUCUCAGUAA